AUGGAGAAAUCUCUCCGGGUGAUGACAACACCGUCGUCAAAGGAGGUGCGGAAGAACUUGCACAAAGGCAGUACUGCCCGGGAGAAGCCGACGGGGGGGAGUCACCGCCGCACGCCUCUCUUGCGGGGACUCAAUGUAGAGGAAAGAGAACAGGCUUCGUUGCGGCGGCGCAAUUCUGUUGCCAUUGCCCCCACGCGCCGCACGCUAAAUCGACUCACUGCGGCAUCGCUGGUGAGUAGUAGACGACCCACUUCAUGCACCACGGCACUGCACAUCUCGAUGACGACCCCACUGCCGUGUUCAUUAGGAGGCGGCCGGUCGUCAUCACGUCUCAGCACGAUAAAGAAUCCGUUGAUUGCAACACCAUCUCGCAGGGCGACAUCCAGCAUUUUGAGUGAGUCCCCGCCGCCUGCUGCACCACCUUCCUCUGUUGCCACAAUAGCGAGUAUGCCGCUUGUGGGCCCUAUACACUCCUUUGGCGCUGCGUCGCGAAGCCUUGACUCCAAGGUGCAGGGUAGAACAGAUGGUGACCAGUGUAGUGUCCCCUUCACCAUCAAGGGACCAUAUCUGCGCACUGCGUUGGUAGAGGCCAGUGCCUCUCUCUGGGCUGCAAACGACGAAACUGGUACUAUUGACGUGUACAGUAGCGUUUCUGGCGCAAUGUCGAUGCGAAUUCCCGCACGUACCAAAACGACCGGUGAUAUUAUUAAACCAAUGGCAAUGAAGGCGACACCGCAUCAUCUUUGGGUGGGCUACGAAGAUGGAACUGUGGUGGUGCACGACCAUCUUUGCCUUGUGCAGCUAACUAUGGGACGUUUUCAUAUGGCACCCGUUGUGGCCUUUUGUGUUUUGGGAAGUGGUAUUACGGUAAGUGGUUCUAUUGACAUGGUGCUUGUUCGCUGGGAUAGGGAGGAGAAGAAUUUUGAAGCCAUCUCGCGCAUAGAUGGUGUAUCCAAGUCCCACCAAGCCUUAACUUGCAUAGCUGCAUUUGGAAAUAGCAUUGUCUUGUGUGGCUCCAUGGCUGGCACCGUUUUGGCAGUAGAUUCUGCUUCUGGGCUACAGGUUGCAACACUGCGUGGUCACACCGGCCGCGUGAAUGCUCUCGCGGUGAUAGAGGACCUUAUCUUCUCUGCCUCUGAAGAUGGUAACGUAAAUGUCUGGAACGUAAAGGUUGAAGAACCGUUUCCCGAGAUUACCUUGCAGCAGAACUUCCAUUUACUGAAGUCUAUUCCUCUUCAGGUUGCGAUUCGCGACCUUGUUACUCACGAGGGAUCUCGCAGCUUGUGGGUGGCCUACGCCGAUGGGCUUGUGGAGCGCUGGAGCGCGAACCCAGAUGAUGAUUUUGGCGUCGAACAGGUGGUGCGUGAGGCGUUUAUUGACGUGGACGAGUCCCAGACGGGGGAGAAGCCGCGGCAUGAGGUUGUCUCCCUGGACUGCGUCAAGAAUGUUGAGACGAUGCGGGUGCUGGCACUGGGCAGCAACGGCAUCAGUAAGGUGUGGUGCGGCCACCGAAACACGUUGGAGGAGUCGCUGCAGCGAUCUAUCAAUGACAUCAACGCCGUUAUUACUCAAGACACCACUGAAGCCGCCGCGUGGGAGCAGAAGGCUAUUGCAUUAAAACAGAAGGAAUUGCAGCGUAAACGAAAAUACGCGGAUCUCUUGAGCCGUCUUCAUGCUCGCCGUAUGCUUCUUGCUCACUACACAAAGUGGCGGGCACGCAUUAACUCUCACCACCUGCGUGGUUGGCAGCAGGAAGAAAUCUGUCUCACCCUUGAGGGACGUUACCAAUUUCGGCUUAUGCGUCGCUAUUUCAGCUUAUGGUGCAGCUUCUAUGACAGGGAGCAGCGACGCUUCCGGCGGCAACUCAAUGCGGCCGCACUGGAGCGGAUGUCUUACCAUACGUGGGCCAUGCGACUGUUUUGCAGGUGGAGGAAGGCGGCCUCGCGCCGCAAAGCACUUCGACAGCAAGAUAAUGUGGUCAAGGCCUUGAUUCGGGUGUCAAAUGGGACACUUUUAGCAAAAUUUUUUACACGUUGGAAAUAUUAUGGUGCCAUGCGACGCCGUGCCCUUCCAGAUGACAAACUUGCGCUUCUGGUGGGGAAAUCGCGACAGCGUGUACUGCGACAUGCGUAUGAAAGUUGGAGAUUGGCUCACAUGCGCCGGGAAAGAGUUGUGGCGAACGCCGUCGUAUACCCUGCGGCAACUGUUGCCGAGACUCCCGCGGCCGACCGGGCGUUCUAUGCUGUAGGGUUUGCGGAGGUGUAUGCAAAGGUGACAAUGGAGAGAGAGCGUCGCCGUGUGUUCGCCGUGUGGCGUCGCUGGCAUGCGUAUCGUUCCAGCAUUGUCUCGUUGCGGGCGUUGGCCACUGUGCAGGAAAAACAAUGUCACCGAAAUCUGUUAUACUGGGCCUGCUAUUUUGGCAACUGUUUUGUAGAAAGCAUCGCUUGGAGAAACUUGGAUGGGAGGUUCAGGAGGUGGAGCGACAGCUUAGGGAUGCGGAGGAGACGCAUCUCGAUAUCUUUGAAAAACUGCAACUGCAGAAGCGUCUGGAGCACAUGCGCCGGCAACACGAGGAGGAGCAGCGACUUUUGCAGGAAGAGAUUGUACGAACAGAACAACUCAACGCUGACCGUGAUGCGCUUCGUCACUCAUUGGAUCGUACCGUCGGCGUAG